GUUGACUAGCAAAUUUAAGGUUAAACUCUUGUCAAGUUUGUGUAUUUUUAUAAUUCAUAGUUUUUUAUAAUAUAAGUUUUAAAUAACACCCAAUGUCAGAUAAGGACUAUGCCCCCCUUAGCGCUGCUUGUGUUCGAGCUCUUAAUGAUAAAUUUUACGAGAAAAGGAAAACUGCUGCUUUGGAAAUCGAAAAGAUGGUAAAGGAAUUUGCGGCCGUAAAUAACACCGGGCAGAUAAAGCGCAUAUUGAAAAUACUGGGACAUGAUUUUGCUUUAUCGCAAAACCCCCAUGCGAGAAAAGGGGGACUAAUUGGGUUGGCUGCGAUCGCUUUGGCUUUGGGCAAAGAAACUGAUGGGUAUACGGAGGAUUUGAUAAAACCCAUACUGGGCUGUUUUUCUGACCAAGAUUUGAGAGUUCGAUAUUAUGCUUGUGAAUCCAUGUACAAUGUUGUGAAAGUGGCGAGAAGCGCUGUUUUGCCCCAUUUUUCUCCAAUAUUUAACGCUCUAAGCAAAGUAGCUACUGACUCAGAUCAGAAUACCAAGAGUGCUUCUGAGUUACUCGACAGACUAUUAAAAGAUAUUGUUACAGAAAGCACUUCAUUUGAUCUGGAUGCUUUUGUAUCGUUGUUAAGGGAGCGAAUAUACACCAGAAGCCCAUUUUCCAGACAAUUUAUUAUCUCGUGGAUUUCGGUAUUAAAUAGCGAGCCCCAAUUGGAUCUGAUAAACUAUUUGCCAGAAAUCCUGGAUGGUUUGUUUAGGAUACUAGAGGACACCAACUUGGAAGUGAAGAAAAUGUGCGAAACUACUUUGGGGGAGUUUUUGCGCAAUAUCAAGAGUGAGCCUUCCAGGGUCAACUUCGGGGCAAUGAUUAAUAUUCUGAUUAAUCACGCCCAGGAGAAAAGUGAUGAAUUGGUGCAAUUUACGGCGAUUACAUGGAUUAAAGAAUUCGUCCAGCUGUCCGGACGUCCUAUGUUGCCCUACAUCUCUGGAAUAUUCACAGCGAUUCUGCCCUGUCUGGCCUAUGAAACGGAUGCACGGAGAAUGACAGACAUCAAAGAAACUGCCUCAGCGGUCAAUUUCACGUUAAUGAAGCUGAUUUCUCUUCAGAAUAGCGAUGCAACCAAUGAGGAUCAUGCUGAAGUAAGACCUAAUGAUUUUGAAGACGGAAUUCCUCAAGAAAUUGAUCUGCAAUCUGUUGUAGAUGUUCUGAUUCAGUAUCUUUUGCACAACUCCAUUCAAACUAAAGUGGCAGUACUGCAAUGGAUCCACCAUUUAUAUACCAAACUUCCUAGUAAGAUGGUCAACUACAUAGACCUCCUGUUCCCUGCUUUACAAAAGACUCUAUCAGAUGAGGCUGAUCAGGUCGUUCAGCAGUGUUUGAUUGUGAUUGCUGAAGUGAUUUCCGCACCAACAUCCCCAAGUCCUGGUACUAAAGGCAAGAAUAUUUACUACAAUAAAUUCAUAGUGAGUUUAUUGCUGCUGUUCAGCAACGACAAACGAUUGCUGGACGAACGUGGGUCCUUUAUUAUUAGACAGCUGUGCCUGUUACUUAAUGCAGAAGACAUCUACAUAACACUGGCGAUGAUUUUGCUGAAUGAAACGAAUCUGAAGUUUGCAAGUCUGAUGGUGGACCACUUAAACAUGAUCCUUUUAACGUCUUCCGAGCUAUUUGAGCUUCGGAAUCGGCUAAAGGAUCUUUCAAACGAGAAAAACAGAGAGCUGUUUUUACGAAUCUACGAAACCUGGUGCCACAAUCCAGUCGCAACUGUUGCUCUGUGUUUGCUUACGCAAAGUUACAGUCAUGUGUGUGAUCUCAUCAAAUUAUUCGGCAGUAUUGAAGUUACAGUGGAUUUCCUAAUGGAAAUCGACAAGCUAGUCCAACUAAUCGAAUCGCCAAUUUUCGCCUAUUUACGAUUAGAAUUACUUGAAGUACCUUGUGAUAAACAUUUAGUUAGGGCGUUGUAUGGCUUGCUGAUGUUGUUGCCACAAACUGAGGCGUUCGUCAUACUUAAAACUAGACUAAGCUGCAUACCUAGUCUUCACUUGCAGUUCGACGACAAGGUGGUCGUAAGGAAGAAAUCAUCGGAUGUGGACUUCCAAAAGUUGCUGGCCCAUUUCAAGGAAGUGCAAGAGAAACAUAAGCAGUACAAAAAGGAGAACCGUACCAAAGAAAUCUUAUUAUUUGACCGUGAAGCCCCCAGCGACGAUACGUAACUGGUGGUCAAAUGUAUUGUAAUGUUUUUAUCUUUAUACCCAUUGUGACGUACCUACAUUCCUAAUAAAAAUGCAAUAUUAUUACUAAUAA